AUGCAGAGCAGGCAAAGAGUAAAUAGUUAUAGAGACAUCAAGAUGGAUCGGAGUUGGAUGCGAGAACCUACUCGAUGUUCGAACAGAUAUCAAGCUGGUGUUGAAGAAUUCAUAAGAAUGGCUGCAUCACUUGAUGUGCAUGGAAUUGACACUAACUACACUCGAUGGAUAUUCCACGAGGAAGAAGAUCCGUGUAGGGUAAUUGUUACUGGCAACUCGCAAUCUGUGGGUGUGAAUGAAACGAUAUAUGAGAUUGAUGAGGUUGAAGAAUUAUUAGGUGAUGUGCGUAUGGGGACAUUCUACAAUGCUAACAUAGGCGAGUCCUCUGCUGCUCAAGGUUCCACAACCGACGAUCAAUUGCCGAGAACAUCUUUUGACCGAUUAUGUGUAGAUGGCCUGAAAGAACUUUAUCCAGGCUGUAAGAAAAUUUCAAAAAUCUCUUUCAUUUUGAAGAUGCUUCAUAUAAAGGCGAUUUGCAACAUGACUAACAAGGCAUUCGAUAUGAUGAUUGACUUGAUAAAGGGGGCCCUUCCAAAUGGAGAGACCUUGCCACAAUCAUAUAGAGAAGCAACACGGUGGACCCGAGACUUGGGUAUUGGUUAUGAGUUGAUACAUGCAUGCAAGAAUGACUGUGUAUUAUUCUGGAAGGAACAUGCUGAUAAAGAUAAAUGCCCAAAAUGCAACACUUCAAGAUGGAGUAUUGUCAAAGGUAGCGGUAAGAAAAUUCCUCAAAAAGUCUUGCGGUAUUUUCCAAUAAAACCAAGGUUGCAACGGUUGUUCACAUUGAAAGAUAUAGCCAAACAAACGAGGUGGCACAAAGAUGGACGAGAAGAUGACGGCAACACUCUUAGACACCCGGCCGAUUCCAUUGCAUGGAAAGAGUUUGAUAAGGAACAUGACUGGUUUGCUAGUGAUUCCCGCAACGUGCGACUUGGUUUGGCAAGUGAUGGUUUCAACCCAUUUGGUAAUAUGAGUACAUCAUACAGUAUGUGGCCAGUAGUAUUAGCACCGUACAAUUUACCUUCGUGGAUGUGUAUGAAGGCUCUAAAUUUGAUAUUGGCAUUACUUAUCCCUGGACCCAUGGCCCCCGGAAACGAGAUUGAUGUUUAUUUGUGGCUGUUGAUUGAUGAUUUGCAUGAAUUGUGGGAUGAAGGCAUAAGCACUUACGAUGCAUCGACGAAAGAGACAUUUAAAUUACAUGCAGCAUUACUGUGGACAAUAAAUGACUUUCCUGCGUAUGGAAACUUGUCUGGGUGGUCUACCAAGGGAAGGCUUGCAUGCCCGGUGUGUAACAAGAAUACAACGUUCAAGAGAUUGAAGUAUGGGAAUAAGACGUGUUACAUGGGUCAUCGUAGGUGGCUUCCUAGGGGUCAUAUAUGGCGCCGAAAAGGAGAAUUGUUCGAUGGUACUGAGGAGCAUAGAUUAGCACCUAAAGAAUUGUCAAAAGAUGAGCUGUUGCGGCAACUCGAUCGCGUCACAGGUGUGCAGCUUGGAAAAGGAAGUGGGACAAAGAGAAAGCGCCCAAUUGAUGAGUUGAAUUGGAUGAAGAAGAGUAUUUUCUUUGAGUUACCUUACUGGUCAACAUUAAAACUAAGGCACAAUUUAGAUGUAAUGCAUAUCGAGAAGAAUAUAUGCGACAGUGUAUUAGGUACAUUGAUGAAUAUUGAUGGGAAUACAAAGGACACAUACAAGUCACGAUUAGAUUUGCAUGAGAUGGGUAUUCGUAAGGAAUUGCAUUUGCAGGGAAAUGGUGCAAAGGCGAAAAUGCCACUUGCAAAGUAUACUUUGACAAGAGAUCAAAAGAAAAGGUUGUGUGAUUGGUUGAAAGGAGUUAAGUUUCCAGACGGGUAUGCAUCUAACAUCGGUCGGUGUGUGAACAAGCUGCCUGGCAAGUUUUCGGGAAUGAAAAGCCACGAUUCUCAUGUCUUCUUACAACGCUUACUUCCUGUUGCAAUCCGUGGGUAUGUAAAGCCUGAAAUACAAACAACGUUUACUGAGUUGAGUACUUUUUUUAAGCAGUUGUGUGCACGGACAUUGAAAGUAGAUGUCUUGAAGCAAAUGAAGGACAACAUUGUCAUAAUCUUGUGCAAGUUGGAACAAAUAUUUCCACCUGCAUUUUUUGACAUUAUGGUCCAUGUAGCAAUUCAUUUACCUCGAGAGGCUGAGCUUGCGGGACCAGUGCAAUAUCGUUGGAUGUAUCCAAUUGAAAGGACACUUGGUAGAUAUAAGAGGUAUGUGUGGAACAAAGCGCGACCAGAGGGCUCAAUUGGCGAGUGCUAUGUCGCUAAUGAGUGCUUGACCUUUUGCUCAAUGUAUCUUCGUGAUAUUGAGACAAGAUGGAAUCGUGCCGAGAGAAGUGCUGACGUCGGCCGAGAAGAAAAGGAAGAAGAGUUGGAUGUGUUCAGUCAACGAGUCUGA